AUGCCAGAAAAGGUGGCGGGGCGUCUGACGAUACGCGGUUACUCUGAGGUGCGGGGUGUGCUCUGGGCGCCCUGCUUCUUCGANCCCCUCGACGACACCAACAGCAGCAACGGCAACCACGACAACAACGAGGAGAAUGGAGUGGCGGAUGGCGAAAAGGAAGGGGAGAGCAGUGAGGAGAGGCGACGGCGGUGUCUGGCUGAUCGUGGGUCGUGGGGGCCCGACGACUACCGCAUGGCGUUGGCGGUGUGGACGGCGGACGCGGUGGUUGUGUACACCACCGACAGUGGGGUGCGGCACAGCGACUACACCGAUCUCCACAUGCGCAGCAUCUCCGACGUCGCGUGGAGUCCAGACGCGACGUACCUCCUCACCGCCUCGCUUGACGGCUACAUCUCCGUCAUCGCAAUCGGCGGCUCACUUGGAGUCGUGCACCAGCUUCCACUGUUCUCUGCUAAGCCGGUGACGGCGGCUAUCUGCUGCAUGCUUUCAGAGAUACACAACAUCGGUGAGAAGCUGGAGCUUGGAAGGAAGCUCGCAACUGAGAGAGCGUCUGCGCCGAAGUUGCAGGGAGGUGAUGAUGGCGGCGGCAGCAGCGACAACGCCGUUGUGCACGUACCGGUUAAAAAGAGGAAAAAGAUGGAGCAGCAGCAGCAGCAGUCCCAGGAGCUGAUUCCCCUCAGCGAACUCUCAGAUUUGAUGGAGGGUGCAUAA